AAGCAAGACGCAUGUGGCUGGGCUUGACGCUUGACGCAUAAUUCAUCUGAAGCUAACUCACGCCGCAAUCAACACGCCCCUUCAAUCACAUACACUUAUACCUACAUCAAAAAGCAACUGGCUGGGUACAUACCUAGGUAUAUGAACCUGGCGUGGCGAGCGCAAGCCGCCCAGCAACUGUCUAGAACUCGACUCGUGUGCACUGUUUGACGGACAAGCUUCACGUUCGGGCUCUCAUUGUGGUGCGUGCAGCUUCGAGUCCGCUCACUGAGGCAGUCGAGGCCACCACCGCCCACAUAACCAAGAGCACACCCACUCCGAUAUUUAGACUCGUGCUUCAGAAAGUGCUUUUUCCCUGGUUCCUGGAACCUCAAAUGCCGCCUCCAAACACCCCGGAGGAAGGCCUCCCAUCAGCCUUGACAUCAGCACCAAUCACCCGCCCUGAGGAGGAGAGUGAGACCAUGGAGCGACCUGACAGUCAAGUCCUCGCCGACGUAAAUGCCUCUGCUGCCGCGGGUGGCGAGCAGCACAUCCCUGCCACGGCGGACAGGCCAGAGGACAGACCGACGAAGCCCACACUCGACUGGCACGCGCUGGACUACCCCAACGAGGUCAACCAGACUCUCAGCUGCCCGAUAUGCCACAUGCCCCUGGUCAAGCCCGUCAUAACGAGGUGCGACCACGUCUUCUGCCGGUCCUGCUUUGACGAGAUGCUCGAGCACAGCAACUGCUGCCCCCUCGACCGCAAGUCGUUCGCCCGCGAGAUAGAGAAGGGCCGCUACCCCGCCAAGGAGGCUCCUCGCAUCUACCACAACCAGCUCGAGGAGCUCAUAGUGCGCUGCCCGAACCGCCGCUGUCCUCUCCUCAAGCCGCGCUCGUCCAUACAGCGGCACUACGAGGACGAGUGCGUCCACACCAUGGUCGCCUGUCCCGACCCCUCGUGCACUCGUCUCGUAGCACGAAUGGACCGUGACGACACCGCCGGCGAAUGUCGCCACUCGCUCAUGGACUGUCCCGAGUGCGGCGAGCCCAUCGAUGCCGACACCAUUGACGACCACUACGAAAACCACUGCACUCUGGCGCCCACCGACUGCGCGCACUGCGGCGGCUCCAUCCUGAAACACCGCUACGCCGCCCAUCUGCUGCACGAAUGCGCCGGCGCCAUCCGCCCGUGCCAGUACCACCCCGAGGGCUGCAGGCACAACUGCCGGCGAGAAGAUCUUGUCGACCAUGAGCAAGGCUGUGCCUUUGGCGCCGUUUCGCGCCUCAGGCUACUCCUCGAAGCCAAGCUCUCGGAGCAGGGCACCACCAUCCUCCAGCUGGAACAGUCUAUCCGGGAUCAGGGAAGGGUAAUGAUAGACCUCGUGUCCACCGAAGCGCUAUCGCGUUCCUCCUCCAACGGGGCGAUUUCCGCCACAGGCGUUAUUUCCUCGAAUCCCCGGCUGGUCGGCGCCCCAUUUCACCGCGCUCAGCUGGGUGGCUCCCGGCGCGAGCUCGCCCCCGGUCACAGCCAGGCCAGCCUCCGACGGCUGCAGCUCCCCCGCAACGACCAACAUUCACCAGAAAGCGGUUCGCUGGUGGUAGAAGGAACGGGUAGCGGCGGCGAGGAGCCCGAGGGCAUGCCUUUUUCGGCCUCCCUGUCUCGCGGCGUCGACGCCAACCAUCACAGCCAUCACCACCACCACCGGAGCGAGCACGACGACGACGCUCAGGCCUUCCUCCUCGCGGGUCUGAACAGCUGCGAGGAGAGGGUGGCCGGCCUGCAGCGGCGGCUGGCGGAGCAGGACGCGCGACACAGCCUCAUGCUGGUCAACGAAGUCAUCCCGCUGCAGGAACAGCUCACCGAGCUCCGCAGCGCCUUCACGGGGAUAGCCAUGGACAUGCGCUUCGUCAUCGCCCGGCAAAAGUCCCUGCUCAGUGGCAGCGGCGCGGUCGCGGGCGCGGGCGCGGGCACAGCCGGCAGCUCGGUGGGCGCCCACCCCGCGUCGGGAAGCGGUCGUUCGCCAACGCCCGGGCCCAGUGGGCACAGGAUCGCGGACAGCCGGGCGAGGGAUUCCGAAUCGAGGGACACGGCACUGCCGACGAUAACGCCCCCGAGGCUAUAAACGGGGUGUCACCAUGACUGGUUUUCCGUACUUUCCUCGAGAGACUAUCAAUUUCAGCUGCAUACUCGCGUCUUCUGCCCAGUUUAGUUUCCCCCUUCUGGGUUUCUCUAUGUACCUACCUGCUUAAGUAACCUUUGGUCUUCUUUUUCUCCGGAAAAAUUGGAUGAUCGGAAAGGAUGGAGUUUUAGACACCGUUUUUUUUUUUUUUAGUUAGUUUACAGUAAAUCAAGGCACCGAGAUUUGAACUUUACCAACUCAGGAUAUUCCCA